GCUGCACUGCGUUACACUUGCAGUUGUUUGUGAAACUUCUUACCGUGUCGGUGGUGUCACGUGUUGCAGCACAAAAUAGUUAUAUUUAUUACAAAAUGAAUAAAAAAAUUUUUCAUCGCGUACAAAAUCCCCGUCUAAAAGUACCGGAUAAAAUUUAUGAAGGGUACGGAUAUUGUAUGUAUCAGACUGUUGGCAGUUACAUUCGAUGUUUUGAACGUUAUGCGUACAGUUGUGAUGCACAUGGAAAAUUAGUUAAUAAUCAACCUGUGUUAUCUAAAGGCCAUAAUCACGAAGCAGAUCCUAAACUGCAUCUUUAUGUUACUUUUCAACAUGCAUUAUUCGAGGCUACCGUUUCACGCCCCUUUCGAUCCUUCCGAUUAAUUUAUGAUCAACUCAGUGUGGUGCAUUAUGAAGCUGCUGUAAAAUUCACUUGGGCCAAAAUGAAGCCAGUUAUGGAAAACUGGCGCCGCCGUGAACAGCCUCGGCGUCCACCAACUCCUCAAAAUUUGCAAGAAUUUUCUAAUUUAUUAAGCAUGCCCCAAUGGUCACAUUUUUUGACAUAUCCUCAUGGUCAAUUGAAAGUUGUUACUCUUACUUCAACUGAUGAUUCGUUUUUAACAAUUAUUUGUAACGGUGACUUCUUGAAAUCAGUUAAUACAUCAAUGCUUUUUAUGGAUGCAACUUUUAAAAUUACUCCAAGGAAGCCAAAUAUUUAUCAAGUGUUUACAGUUCUUGGCUUGAUAGACGACCAUCAGGCUUUACCAUUAUGCUGGGUGCUGAUGACGAAGAAGUCAACCAUUGCGUAUAAAACGGCACUUUCUUAUUUUAAAACAGAAUUGGCAACACACAUAACUCCACAGACUAUUAUGACUGAUUUUGAAGCGGCACUAGAUAACGCUAUCAAAUCUGUGUUUCCGGAAGCUGUCCAUACUGGAUGCUUUUUUCAUUUCUGUCAGGCGAUAACAAGAAGAUUAAAAAAGCUCGGACUCAUAAGAUUAGUCCAAAAUUGGAAAUAUGGAAAAAUAUUGAUCAGAAAAAUAAUGGCGUUGGCUUUAUUGCCAGCAGUUGAUGCUUCGGACGGGUUUCAAUGGAUAAUAACAAAUAUCCCUGAUAAUGUCAAAACAUUAUUCGGGACAUUCUUAUUAUAUUUUCGUGAGCAAUGGAUUAAAAAAACUCCACCAACAUUAUGGAGCGUUUACGGCCUUCUUCAUCGAACUGAUAACCUUGCUGAAACCUAUCACAAAAAGGCGAAUCUACGAUUUGGCGCUCAUUCUCCUAUUUGGAAGUUUACAGGUGAAAUGCAUAUUUAGUAAAUUUAUUUAUACGAUCU